UUGACGUAUCAAAAUCAUCCUUUCUGCAGCCGCAAAAUCAAUGCUGCAAUGGCUCAGAGGAACCAACUUGCCUAAUACUCGAAUUAGGCUCUAAAAUUAGACGCUGGUCAAGCAGGAGAGCGUCGCUUCAACGCAACAACCCUCUGCUCAGCUCUAGGUCACAAUCAUGAAUGACUGCCGCGGCUGGACCGCGUCAAGCUGAUGCUCAUGUGGCCUCUGUGAUUCUGCUUCUUGCACUCUAGGAUUUUAAUUUGAAGUGAGGACAUCAUGUCGACGCACACCAGGGAAGUGCUCAAAGUGCUGCUGCUGUGUUUCCUCUGGUACACGGUCAGCUCGAGCAACAAUGUCAUCGGCAAAAUGGUACUUAGCGAGUUUCCCUACCCAAUGACGGUGACCAUGGUUCAGCUUUUAUCCAUCACUGUGUACUCAGGUCCCUUCUUCAACAUGUGGGGAGUCCGCAGGUAUGUGGACAUAGAAUGGAAGUACUACAUGAAGAUAAUUGUGCCUUUAGCCUUGGGGAAAUUUCUCUCUUCAGUUUUCUCACACGUAAGCAUAUGGAAAGUUCCCGUCUCUUAUGCUCACACAGUUAAGGCUACAGCGCCCUUGUUCACAGUCAUCUUGGCUAGACUGAUAAUGAAAGAGCGGCAAACAACAAAGGUGUACUUAUCACUGGUGCCCAUCAUUCUAGGGGUUGCAGUCGCCACAUUGACAGAGCUGUCAUUUGACAUAAUUGGCCUUGGCAGUGCUCUAGUUUCAACGAUGGGAUUUUCUUUAAUGAACAUCUUUUCGAAAAGAGUUCUUAAUGACACCGGAAUUCACCACCUUCGACUAUUGCACAUGCUGGGUCGUCUCGCACUCUUUAUGUUUCUCCCCGUUUGGUUUUGCUCAGAUUUCUGGAAGUUGUUGUACGACUCUAACGUGAACUUAUUUGGCGGUUCCAAUUACAAAUUGCUUCUGCUGCUUUUCUGUGAUGGCGGUCUGAACUGGCUACAGAACAUCCUUGCCUUCAGCAUGCUUUCUCUCGUCACUCCACUGACCUACGCCGUCGCAUCCGCCUCAAAGAGGUUGUUCGUAAUUGCCAUAUCGCUCUUCUUCCUAGGAAAUCCGGUCACUAAGACCAACAUUUUUGGCAUGAGUAUGGCCAUCAUGGGCGUCCUUGCAUACAACAAGGCAAAGUACGACAUGCGCCACACCACAAAGAAGGAAACCUUACUGCCGAUGACGGGCAACAAUAUUUGGAAGGACAAGUACACUGUGCCGAACAAUAUGCCUCAAAUUCUGCCAGCCAGAUACACGAACGGCCACACAGACAGUAGAGACUUUCUGAACAACAAUCGCUCCGCAGGCGGAAACACAAUGCUGUCAAUAUAAUGCAUAAUUCUGUGAAAGAAGUGAAAGCUUAAAACAUUUUCGUGUGACCCCCAUGACCCAUCAGGUACCACUAAUCGACAACCUGGAUUAAUUAAAGAAGAAUGUUUUGUUGAUUGUUAAGUAUUGCAACUUUAUUUUGCAUUUUCCAAUUUGUCACUUCAGUUUAUUGUUGUGCAAAUUGUUAUUUGUAUCCGAAGAAUCUAAAGUGUUAAUUUAUUUUUGAAUUGCGUUUUGGCAUCGACGGUGCUACCUGGUGCCUGCACUGCGAUGUUCCUUAAUAAUAAGCAAUAUUAUUUAUUGGAAUGAUUGGAACAUAAAUCAAUAAAUCUUUGUGCAAUACCAUGCGAAUAAA